AUGAAGGCUAAUUUCGUGGUGUUCGACAAAGAGGAUGAAGACCAUCUGUUCCAGAGUAAGAAGGAAAUUGAGGAGCGUUUUGAAUCUGAAAAGUGGCAGAAGAUCGCGAAUAGUGUCGAGCUUAAGGGUGGAAACAAGUAUCCAUCGGCGGCCAUUCAGAAAAGUUCAAGGAACUUAGCAAGAGGGAUGUUGGAAGUGGUAUCGCUACUACUUUCAUGGAGGAAUACGAAUGAACUGGGAUUCUGUUUGUUUGGAGUUUGA